AACUGAUUGAGAAAACACUCAGGAUCACCUUCAUCACCGACUGACAGAACAAGGAGAACAGAGAGCUGAGGAACCAGACGCUGGAACACAGACUGCUGCUGGAGGAAAAACAAAGAAAUCAAACUUCACUCAGAGACAAAAUGGCUUCCAAGUUAGAGGAGGAUCUCUGCUGUUCAGUCUGUUAUAACAUCUUUAAGGAUCCGGUUCUUCUGUCAUGUAGCCACAGCUUCUGUAAGGAGUGUCUGAAGAACUGGUGGACAGAGAAACCAGUAAGAGAGUGUCCAGUUUGUAAGGCGAUAUCGUUCAUCAAAGAUCUUCCCUGUAAUCUGGCUCUGAAGAAUCUGUGUGAGUCUUUCUUACAGCAGAGAGAGCAGAGAGCUUCAGAGGAUCUCUGCUCUCUGCACUCUGAAAAACUCAAACUCUUCUGUCUGGACCAUCAGCAGCCAGUUUGUCUCGUCUGCAGAGAUUCAGAAAAACACACCAAUCACAGAUUCAGACCCAUCGAUGAAGCUGCUCAGCAACACAAGAAGAAACUUCAGGAAACUCUGGAGCCUUUAAAGAAGAAGCUGGAGCUCAGGAAGAAAGUUCAGGAGGAGUUUGAUCAGACAGCAGAACACCUGAAGGUCCAGGCCCGACACACAGAGAGGCAGAUUAUGGAGCAGUUUAAGCAGCUUCAUCAGUUUCUAGCAGAGGAAGAGGAGGCCAGGCUGGCUGCACUGAGGGAGGAAGAGGAGCAGAAGAGAGGGAUGAUGAAGGAGAAGAUGGAGGCUCUGAGCAGAGAGAUAGCAGCUCUUUCAGACACAGUCAGAGCCACAGAGGAGAGGCUGAGAGCUGAAGACGUCUCAUUCCUGCACAACUACAAGGCUGCAGUGGAAAGAGUCCAGCGCUGCCCCCUGCUGGAGGAUCCACAGCUGCCCUCAGGAGCUCUGAUAGACCAGGCCAAACAUCUGGGCAACCUGGCCUUCAACAUCUGGAGCAACAUGGAGAACAUGGUGACCUACACUCCUCUGGUUCUGGACCCAAACACGGCUCGUCCAAGACUCCAUCUGUCUGAAGAUCUGACCAGCGUUAGAAUAGGAAAGAAACAGCAGCUUCCUGAUAAUCCAGAGAGAUUUGAUUACUGGUGGUCUGUUCUGAGUUCUGAUGGUUUUAACUCAGGGAACCACAGCUGGGAUGUUGAUGUUGGAGACAGUGGCAUAUGGAAACUUGGUGUGAUAGAAGAGUCUGUUAAGAGGAAGGGAGGCAUAAAGUCUGGAUGGUUGAUUAUACAGUUCAAUGAAGGUGGAUACUCAGCAUGGUCUCCAUCAGCUCCUUCCACUCGUCUCUCAGUCCAGAAGAAUCUCCAGAGGAUCAGAGUGAAUCUGGACUGGGACAGAGGAAAGCUGUCCUUCUCUGAUCUGGAUACUAACAAACGCAUACACACCUUCACACACACCUUCACUGACAAGAUGUUUCCAUAUUUCACUACUAAUAAAACAGUAAAGAUUCUACCCAUGAAGAUCUCAGUGAUCAAACAGCAGCUCUGAUGAUCUCAGCAUGAAGAACAAAAAGUCCAAAUGAAAUAUUAUUGAUCAGAUGAUUGAUUGGUUUUAUGAUUGAUUGUAUUAUUUGCUGGGUUGGUGAAAUUCUUCUCAUUAUUUUGAAACUCGUUGUUUUUAAUACUGAAACUGGAGAUGAAAUGAUCAUCAAUGAAAUUCUUCAUGACAAGCAAGAAUCAAUUGUUUUUGAGACUUUUUCUAAAACCGCAUGCGAAAUUUUGAGACUUCAUGAACUUUUGCUCUUUCUGAUUUAUUUAUAAAAGAUUAGAAAAUUAAAAUAACUUUACCAUCACAACAUGGACCCAGCCAUCGACACAGCAUUGCUUUCUUGGUAAACAAAAUAAAAAAACAAAAAUAAUUGAUAAGCAGAAUUUGCAAAAACUGAUUUAUUAUUCCCUAGAAGUUUUCAACUUUUCAAUCCAAAAAAUAAUGUAUUUGCUUUGGUUGCUCUAUUAUUCCUUUAAGCAAAUGAGCCGCUUCCUAUCCAAACCUGGAGUCUUUCUGUAUUAUUUUUCAUUUUGGAAGAAUUUCAUGUAAACAAAUAUAUCAGCUGGUUUAUGGGAACAAAUGUUUGUUGUUCAUGAAUGUCUCUUGUUAACCUGAAACAGCAAAAAUAAAACCAAUAAAAACAGAUAAAAUGA